AUGUUCAGGACCCUUCAGCUGGAGGUAAGAAAAAAAACCGAUUGUGUGGUUCGAUCAACUGAACAAAAGGGAGAUACAAUUUCUAUUAAAGUGGACGAGCAGAAGGUAUUUUGGGGGAAGCCUGUCUACCAUACUUUCAUAGUAGAGUUUGACCCUCUGAGUCGAAAGAGUCGGUGCGAGUGCAACAAGUUUGAAUCCGUUGGUAUAUUGUGUUGCCACAUCCUUGCGGUGUGCUCAUACUAUAGAGUUGACACAGUCCCGAGUUGCUAUGUUCUUCCUCGAUGGAGUAAGAAUGUCAUCCGCAAGCACACUUACAUUAAGAGUAGCCAUGACGUGGCUCGAAGUAAUGAAACCCACAAUUUGUUCAAGCAUCUGUGUUCGGAGUUCUAUAACGUUGCUCAGGAUUUUGUUGCUUGUGAUGAGGAAGCAGCCAUCUUGCGAGCUGCCCUUUCAGAUGCAAAGUCCAGGCUGACUGAUUACCGUGCCAGCAUGCGUUCCACUACUCUUGAUGGGACUCAGAAUACGAUGCCCACACAGAGCACAGGCGGUGUUAUUUUACAUGACAUACAGGGACCUUCAAGGGUUAAAACCAAAGGACAGCCGAAGGGUAAAAGACUUGGAGCAGAGUUGGACAAGUUAAUUAAGUAG